AUGGCAGCUAACAAUGCAGAUCAGGUCGUCUUUGAUAAGGUUGUUGAAAUCAAUGCAUCCAAAGAGUCUUGGAACAUACGUGUUAAAGUCGUCAUGCUUUGGAAGCCGACCUAUAAAAACAAUCCUAAUAUGGUCACAAGCCUAGACAUGAUUUUAAUUGACCAGGAGGGAAGUAGAAUACAAGCAACAAUAAAAAAAAUCUUAUUCCUGUAUUUGAAUCCCUAUUCGAUGAAGGAGCUGUCCGGGAGAUCAGUAACUUCACUAUGGCUAGCAAUGAAGGCGAAUACAUGCUUGUUCCUCAUAAACAUAAAAUCAAUUUCUACAAAACCACAAAAGUUUGUGUAUCCACUGAUUUUGUUGAUACAGUAG